AUGUAAUCACCUACAACAUCAAUAAAUAAAUUACGAAACUCUCUAACUACAUUUUAUUUAAAAGGUACUUGUUCUUAUAAGACAUCACCUAUAAAGGAAGAUCCUUCUAUACUCUAAAAUUUAUUAAGGAUGUAACAGAAAGAAAUUGAUAGAUUGGAACACUAGAAUAAGAAUCUCUAGGUACUCACUCAACAUUAAUGUUCUAUACUUUAUUAAGAGAGAACAUUAAGAACAAAUUCAACUAAAUUAUAGAUACAUGCCGAUUUACCAUAAACAUUACCAAAUACUAGAAAUGCUAGAAGAUCAACUAUUAAGAAUGUUUUAUAAGCUAUGAAACCACCUCCACGUAAAAUUGUUGUCUCUAAUAAAUUAUAAAUGAAUAACAAUGAAUGUUUCAAAUUAAGUUCAAUUCUAGAAGCUAAUAAUCAAUAAGCUAAAUAAUUAUAUUAAGAAGAUAGUAGUAUUCAAUUAGUCAAAGAAAUACUGAAAGAUGAAGAUUCAUUUAUUGAUAUUAUUACUACAUAUCCUCCUUAGUAAGUUUCAAUCAUAUAUGAUAAAAUUAAAAAAUUAAUUAAUGAACAUGAAUAAAUGUUUGAAAUCAUACUCAAAUUCAAAUCUAUCAUUGAUAACUCUUUUAAUCUUUAAAAUAUUAAAAUACAAUUAGAAGCACUCAAUCAAUUAACUUUAUAAUGUAAAAAUAUACUUUAAUGUAAAAAUGCAUAAAUCAUUACCACUAAUGAUGAAACAAGCAAAUCAUAUAUACAACAUAUCUAUUAAACUAAAUAAAUCAUUAAUUUAAAAAAUGCGAAAUUUGAUGAUAGAUUUAAAAAUGAGAAUUUCAAUCAAUUAUUAGCUGCACCUAUUCUAGAUAAUAAUAAAUGCUUAGGUGUUAUUGUUUGUUAAGAUAAAUCAAUCAAUUUUAGCAAUGAAGAUGAAAUACUAAUCUAAUAUAUUUGUCGAUAAGCUUAAUAUAUAUUAACUAACUAAGUAUCUAAUAAUAAAAUUGAAAUUCAACUUUAAAAGUAUUAACAUGCUCUUAAAAGUCUACUUUUAUUAUAAUCAAUUGAAGAUUUAGAUACUAAAUUACACUUUUCUUAAUAAAGGUUAUGUGAAAUUAUGAAUAGUAAAGAUUGUAAAAUUGUCUUACUUCAAUAAAACAAUGAAAUUCAAAAUAGUAUCAUAUCAUAAGCUAUUCGCAAUAAUAAGACUCUUUUUAUUCAAAAUUGUUAUAAUCAUGAACAUUUCUAACCAAAUAUAGACAUUAACACUUAAUUACCUAUCAUAGCCACACCUAUUAAAUAUCAAAAUAAAAUUAUAGGAGGAAUCGAAUUCAUUUCAUUUAAUAAAUAAAUUUCAUCAAUUGACCAAGAAAUUUUAGAUUUAUUUAUAUAAAUUUUGGGAAUCAACUUUUAUCAUUUCACAAACAAUUAAUUUUGA